UCAUAAUCAUGAUGAAUAAUUGAAAUCGAAAAGAGAAAAUUGAAAAGAAGAAGAAGAAGAAGCACUACAAAAGUAGCAGCAUUUUCUUUUCCAUCCCAACAACAGGAACCGGGGGGGAGAGAGAGAGUGUGUGGAGCGAUCAUCAUCAUGUCGUUCUCGUUCUUUAAGGUUUCGAGGCCUAAAACGCCGCAGGAGGUGGCCAAGUCCAUUAGGGAGAGCCUCAUGGCCCUCGAUACCAAAACCGUUGCUGAAGUUAAAGCCCUUGAGAAGGCGUUAGAGGAAGUUGAGAAGAAUUUUGUAACAAUGAGAACCAUGCUUUCUGGAGAUGGAGAGUCAGAACCAAAUUUGGAUCAGGUAUCUCAGCUAGUGGAGGAAAUCUGCAAGGAGGAUGUUCUUACUCUUCUAAUUCACAAGCUGCCUAUACUUGGAUGGGAAGCAAGAAAGGAUUUAGUCCACUGUUGGUCCAUUUUAUUGAAACAAAAGGUCGACUCCAAUUAUUGCUGUGUAGAAUACAUUGAACAACACAUUGAGUUACUAGACUUUCUUGUUGUAUGCUAUGAUAACAAAGAAAUUGCCUUGAGCUGUGGCAUAAUGUUGCGAGAUUGCAUCAAAUUUCCAACACUUGCUAAAUAUAUAUUGGAAUCUGCAAGCUUUGUAUUGUUCUUUAAAUUUGUAGAGUUGCCUAACUUCGAUGUUGCUUCUGAUGCAUUUUCUACCUUUAAGGAUCUUCUUAUUAAACAUGGAAACGUUGUCUGUGAAUUUUUGACAGCUCACUAUGAUGAGUUCUUUGAUCUAUACGAGAAACUCUUGACAUCUCCUAAUUAUGUCACAAGAAGGCAGUCUUUAAAGCUUCUCUCGGAAUUUCUCUUGGAAUCUCCCAAUUCUCGGAUAAUGAAGCGCUACAUCUUAGAAGUUCGUUACCUGAAAGUCAUGAUGACAUUGUUGACGGAUUCAAGUAAAAACAUUCAGUUAUCAGCUUUCCACAUUUUCAAGGUUUUUGUUGCUAAUCCUAAUAAGCCUCGAGAAGUAAAAAUUAUUCUGGAGAAGAACAAGGAGAAGCUGCUAGAAUUGCUUCAUAAUCUGUCUCCGGGAAAAGGUUCAGAAGAUGAGCAAUUUGAGGAGGAAAAGGAGUUUAUCAUCAAGGAAAUUGAAAGACUAUCAGGAUAAGUCAUUUAUUCUACUGCAGCUGUGUUUGAUUUCAUAACAAAGUUUUUUUUGUUAAAAAAAACGUGUACAUCCAAAGCUAAUUUAAUGCAAGGAUUUCAUAUUGCUGUUUGAGAGCAACUAAUGUGUUGGAAGGUCCAAGGUUUUUUAUGUGGACAAGACACCAAAAAAGUAUUUGUAACAU